AUAAGCCUAUCAAAUAAAUUACCAUAAAGGGAACCUGAAAAAUAGAACUAUCUUUGUGCAAGCAUAGAAGUCUUGGGCAAGCUGACAACUGUUUCAAAUCAGGAAUCAUCAACACUAAAUAAAAAUCCUCUUUGUUGUGGAAACAUAUUACACGAGAAUGCUUACUACGACAUCUCAUCUUUUUUGUAUUUUAUUCCUGCUGUAUUUUUAUGAAUGUCAUUACGGCACGGAGUGUGUACUGCAUAACAAUGGAAUAAUCAAUCAAGACUUUCUAAUGCCAGAUGUCCGUUUAACAGAGCCGGAUGAGUACAUAUGUACUGCAAUACCUGUCACUCAACGUAAUGUAUAUAUAGUGAAUGUCGUACCAAGAGCUAACACGGAUGCAGUUCAACAUAUGACGUUGCUUGGACUUGCCGCAAUAGAAGAGCACCCUAACAACGCAUGGAAAUGCCGUUUCAUGGAAUUCGAAUUAGAGUCGCAGUACUUGUUUGCUUGGGCAAGAAAUGGACCCACUCCUACCAUCCCUCGGGGUAAGUUACCAGCCAAAACACACCAGUAGUAGAUACUGCAGAAUAGUACAAAAUAUAUUGUUUGCUGAACAUACAUAAUAUACCCAAAUAUAAAACCAUAGAAUUCUGUGGUUGAGAAUUAUCAUUAUUAUGUUAAUUUUCUUUGUUGUUGUCAUCAUUCUCCUCCUCGUCAUCAUCAAUAUCAUCAUAAUAAUCUCUAUCUUUCUUCUAUAUUAUAACUAUCAUCGUUAUACUAU